AAUGGCUUGUUUACAGAAGACGUUCGAGGGGUCAAAUCUGCCCGCCUUGGUCAAUAAAAUUAUGAAGGGCCAGUUUGCCCCAGUGAAAGGAAACUAUUCAGAAGAUUUCAAGAACCUGAUAAAGGACAUGUUAGAACGUGAGCCUGAAUACCGACCGUCUGCCAAUGAACUCAUGUAUCGACGGUUGCCAGAGAGGCAGGCUGCAUCUGAAAGACCUCGUCCCCAAUCACGACCUCGCAUCCGACUUCAACUUCAUCGAAGUCGAAGAUCAAGAAGUGAUACCAGAAUUGAAGCACCAUUACAAGACACGUAGUGGGCCUGAAUUACCGAUAGACGAUUUCCUUCCCGAUCUUGGUGGAGAUGUUGAUGCACCUGAUUCUGAGUUGUCCACUCGGGCAUCUAGACGCCAGGAAAGCUCUAUCCCCACUGCUACGACUUCUGGUCAGACAUCUAGAUCUAGACGUCAAGCAAGCUCCCUCUUCACUGAUACUAAUAGUUCAACCAUGGACCUUGCUGCUAGCACGCCAGCUGGAGGCGAAGUAGUGCACCAUCCAAGAACAGCAACAGAAAACAUUCGUGUUAUUCAAGAUAUGGAAUAUAUGGAAAGUAUGAUUGUACAUGGUGAAAAGGCCAAUUGAAGAAGGGUUGCUCGCCUAAACCUCCAGAUUGCACGCACUGAAAGGAGGGCAAGGAGAAGAACUACGUCAGCUGACAGAAAAGAGGCUUGCAGAACUGGGCCCAGAACCAGAUGAGGAGGGAUGUAUCCAGGUGAAAUUUGUGUGCCCUGAAACGAAUUUAACGAGGCAAUUCCGGGAAACGGAUACUGUCCUGAGCUUGUUCUAUUUUGUUGAGGGAACGAGCAAGGUUCAGGGCUGUGAACUUAUGUUAGCUUGCGAAAAGCUGAAGCGGGAUCAGCUCUCCCUGAAGGAGGUUGGGAGAACAUCAAACACCAUACUGCACAUAAAAGAUGAUGAUGAUCUCCAAUUGUCUUCACAUGUCAUUGUUAUUCUAGGAUGUGGAAUCUUUGGAUGAGGAGGAAAUGGACAAAAAUGAAGAGGAGAAUGAAUCUACUGCUACUGGUUCAGUUUGCACAAAAACCUGUCUUGGAGAUCUACAAAGUGCAGCUAUGGAGAUAAAAACCUUCAUUCGAGUUGGUGUGGAGAAGAACAUGUUCAUCAGCCGUGAGUCGAUCUUAAACCUGAUGGACUAUUAUAGGAGUGAUGACCAACUGACUUUCCAUCGAAUCAAUGUGACGUUCGAAGGAGAAAACAUUGCAGAGGAUAUGGAUGGCUUGUCCCGAGAGAUAUUGACGUGUUUUCUCAAGGCUGCCCUCUCAAAGUAUUUUGAGGGGAGUGAUGCCAAGGUCCCAAAAGUGGACCAUGAUGUGAUGGACACUGAUGUUUUCUCCAUCAUUGGGAAAAUCAUCAGCCACGCUUACGUGUUGUUGGGGUACUUCCCAAUGAGCCUAUGCAAGGCAUCAUUGUGUGCCCUGUUUGACGCGAAUGUGGACUCGGAGAUGAUCACAAGUUCUUUCUUAAAGCUCUUGCCUCCUCUUGAGAGAGACUUUAUGAAUACAACACUCAAAGAUCCGAUCACGCUCAAGGUGAAUGCAAACAGAUUGCGAUGCAUGUCAAUAUUUCCCAUCGGCACUAAAUAAUAUUUUUUUCUUUUGCCAAAAGGAAGAGUAAAUGAUUUUCACCAAAAUGUGUUGCAACAAUGGUAAGAUAAUAGGAGAUGACAUGGUGUUUAACUCCAAUAUUCCCUUCAUAAUAUGGCUAAAAGUCGAAUAUUAGAGUAAAACACCUUGUACAAUCUGCUUAUAUCUAAUUACUCUUGUAAAUCAUUUUGGUUAUGAUCAUUUACUUUUCCUUUUGACCAUGUGGACAAACAAACAAAGUGAUUUUUUAGUGCAAAUGACACAUUUAAACAUGUUAAAUGAGUAAAAAUGGGAAGAUUAACUUAAGAGAAAUGCAUGUAUACAAUGUAUGGGAAAAUGUACAUGAAAUGGAAAAAUGCAGUUUUUUCAAAAUUUUACCAACAUAUUUUUUUAAUUCUUUCUGUUUUUGAAACUAUAUGAUAUUGGCUACAAUGUGGCACAGGUUUCAUCUCAAUGCAAUUUUAAAAAAAACUUACUGAAAGUUCAGGAACACUGUGUCACUAGACUCAAUAAUUCAUAUGGGAGGGGCAGCACCACCCACUAGUCAACCCGACUGAACAACCUCGCGAUUUUACUGGCUGUGAAUGGCCCUGGCUCGCUGCCAAUCUGUUGUUGGUGUCGCGAGACCAAACGCAGGAAUACUGGUGCAGUUGUUCAGUUGGGUGGACAAGUGGUUACCCCCCCCCCCCCCCCGACCUAAUGCAAUAUUCUUGUUAAACAUUUUCAGAAACGUGAUAGGAUGUUUUAAUUUGAUAUUGAUUUAUACAUACAAAACUUGUAUGGUUUAAUACCUACUUUAAAGUCAAUGGACUGGUUGUGUAAUCAUAUCAUGAACAUUGUGAUACAGUAGAACUCGUGUAAGUUAAUACCUACUUUAAAGUCAAUGGACUGGUUGUGUAAUCAUAUCAUGAACAUUGUGAUACAGUAGAACUCGUGUAAGUUAAUACCUACUUUAAAGUCAAUGGACUGGUUGUGUAAUCAUAUCAUGAACAUUGUGAUGCAGUAGAACUCGUGUAAGUUAAUACCUACUUUAAAGUCAAUGGACUGGUUGUGUAAUCAUAUCAUGAACAUUGUGAUACAGUAGAACUCGUGUAAGUUAAUACCUACUUUAAAGUCAAUGGACUGGUUGUGUAAUCAUAUCAUGAACAUUGUGAUACAGUAGAACUCGUGUAAGUUAAUACCUACUUUAAAGUCAAUGGACUGGUUGUGUAAUCAUAUCAUGAACAUUGUGAUGCAGUAGAACUCGUGUAAGUUAAUACCUACUUUAAAGUCAAUGGACUGGUUGUGUAAUCAUAUCAUGAACAUUGUGAUACAGUAGAACUCGUGUAAGUUAAUACCUACUUUAAAGUCAAUGGACUGGUUGUGUAAUCAUAUCAUGAACAUUGUGAUGCAGUAGAACUCGUGUAAGUUAAUACCUACUUUAAAGUCAAUGGACUGGUUGUGUAAUCAUAUCAUGAACAUUGUGAUACAGUAGAACUCGUGUAAGUUAAUACCUACUUUAAAGUCAAUGGACUGGUUUUGUAAUCAUAUCAAGAACAUUGUGAUACAGUAGAACUCGUGUAAGUCGCCAUCCUUGGGACUUAGAUGUUGAUGAUGACUUACAGGUAGGACGAGUAAAAUAACUCAUCAUUUUGAUGGCUUACAUAACUCGUCACAAUGAUGGCUUACAUAACUCGUCACAAUGAUGGCUUACAUAACUCGUCACAAUGACGGCUUACAUAACUCGUCACAAUGACAGCUUACAUAACUCGUCACAAUGAUGGCUUACAUAACUCGUCACAAUGAUGGCUUACAUAACUCGUCACAAUGAUGGCUUACAUAACUCGUCACAAUGACAGCUUACAUAACUCGUCACAAUGAUGGCUUACAUAACUCGUCACAAUGACGGCUUACAUAACUCGUCACAAUGACGGCUUACAUAACUCGUCACAAUGACGACUUACAUAACUCGUCACAAUGAUGGCUUACAUAACUCGUCACAAUGACGGCUUACAUAACUUGUCACAAUGACGGCUUACAUAACUCGUCAGUGAUGACUUACAUAACUCGUCACAAUGACGGCUUACAUAACUCGUCACAAUGACGACUUACAUAACUCGUCACAAUGAUGGCUUACAUAACUUGUCACAAUGACGGCUUACAUAACUCGUCACAAUGACGACUUACAUAACUCGUCACAAUGAUGGCUUACAUAACUCGUCACAAUGACGGCUUACAUAACUUGUCACAAUGACGGCUUACAUAACUCGUCACAAUGAUGGCUUACAUAACUCGUCACAAUGACGGCUUACAUAACUCGUGACAAUGAUGGCUUAUAUAACUCGUCACAAUGAUGGCUUACAUAACUCGUCACAAUGAUGGCUUACAUAACUCGUCACAAUGAUGGCUUACAUAACUCGUCACAAUGAUGGCUUACAUAACUCGUCACAAUGACGGCUUACAUAACUCGUCACAAUGAUGGCUUACAUAACUCGUCACAAUGAUGGCUUACAUAACUCGUCACAAUGAUGGCUUACAUAACUCGUCACAAUGAUGGCUUACAUAACUCGUCACAAUGAUGGCUUACAUAACUCGUCACAUUGACGACUUACAUAACUCGUGACAAUGAUGGCUUACAUAACUCGUCACAAUGACGACUUACAUAACUCGUCACAAUGAUGGCUUACAUAACUCGUCACAAUGAUGGCUUACAUAACUCGUCACAAUGACGGCUUACAUAACUCGUCACAAUGACGACUUACAUAACUCGUCACAAUGAUGGCUUACAUAACUCGUCACAAUGACGACUUACAUAACUCGUCACAAUGAUGGCUUACAUAACUCGUCACAAUGAUGGCUUACAUAACUCGUCACAAUGACGGCGUACAUAACUCGUCACAAUGAUGGCUUACAUAACUCGUCACAAUGACGGCUUACAUAACUCGUCACAAUGAUGGCUUACAUAACUCGUCACAAUGAAGGCUUACAUAACUCGUCACAAUGAUGACUUGUAACUGUAUCCGUACAUUUUUAAUACACGUGGAUCGUCAUUUGAUCUGUGGGCUGAUCAAAGACGCACGCCCCGCGGUGACGAGUUACCGGUGUAAUUGUACAUUCAUUUCUAUUACAAGGGACUGUAAGAUUGGUGCCGACUUGUAUUAAGGGUCGGCUCUACGACAAUUCUUUGCUACACCAUUUUGGCAUGAUUUUUUGGCAAAAACACCAGCAUU